AUGGAACUGGCUACCUUGAAUCUCAGCGAGGGGAACGAGGGGAACGGGAGUGAUCCAGAGCCUCCCGCGGCUGUGGAGUCCAGGCUGCUGUUUGGCAUCGGCGUGGAGAACUUCAUCACGCUGGUGGUGUUCGGCCUGAUAUUCGCGAUGGGCGUGCUGGGGAACAGCCUGGUGAUCACUGUCCUGGCGCGCAGCAAACCUGGCAAGCCGCGCAGCACCACCAACCUGUUCAUCCUCAACCUCAGCAUCGCAGACCUGGCCUAUCUGCUCUUUUGCAUUCCCUUCCAGGCCACCGUGUACGCACUGCCCACUUGGGUGCUGGGCGCCUUCAUCUGCAAGUUCACACACUACUUCUUCACUGUAUCCAUGCUCGUGAGCAUUUUCACCUUGGCCGCGAUGUCUGUGGACCGCUACGUGGCCAUCGUGCACUCGCGGCGCUCCUCCUCCCUCAGGGUGUCCCGCAAUGCGCUGCUGGGCGUGGGCUUCAUCUGGGCACUGUCUAUCGCCAUGGCCUCACCAGUGGCCUACCACCAGCGUCUCUACUAUCGGGACAACAACCAAACCUUCUGCUGGGAGCUUUGGCCCAACCAGCUCCACAAGAAGGCUUAUGUGGUGUGCACUUUCGUCUUUGGCUAUCUCCUGCCCUUACUGCUCAUCUGCUUUUGCUAUGCCAAGGUCCUUAACCAUCUGCAUAAAAAGUUGAAGAACAUGUCAAAAAAGUCAGAAGCAUCCAAGAAAAAGACUGCUCAGACUGUCCUGGUGGUGGUUGUGGUUUUUGGCAUAUCCUGGCUGCCCCAUCAUGUUGUUCACCUCUGGGCUGAGUUCGGAGCCUUCCCGCUGACUCAAGCUUCCUUCUUCUUCAGGAUCACUGCCCAUUGCCUGGCAUACAGCAACUCCUCGGUGAACCCCAUCAUAUACGCCUUUCUCUCAGAAAACUUCCGGAAGGCGUACAAGCAAGUGUUCAAGUGCCAUAUCCACAAGUCGGUCCCCAGUGAUACUAAAGAAAACAAGAGCCGAAUAGACACCCCACCAUCCACCAACUGCACCCAUGUGUGAAGGUUCUCUGGGGCCUCCUGUCCCCUAGCUCCCACAUGGGCUAGAGGGAAGAGGGUACAGGGAACAGUUCAUAGCAUUCUAAGAACAUCCAACGGCUGUUAAAGUACUUGAUCAUUUAGGAACCCCUGGGUCCACUGAAGAUUAUUCUCUAGCUUUCUUCCAUUUUAUAAUUAUAUUUCUGAAAGAAAAGAAAAUUCUGUAUAGUUCAUGUCUCUCAAGGGGUGAGAGUCCAGUAGCAUUCUACAGACAUGUUCAGAUCUCCACUGAAUAAGACCAGUUCUGUAACACAAUGAAGAAUAUUUGAAAUCUACCUUUUAAAGUCAGUUAAUUUAGGGAAAACCUAUUUUCCCUUAGUUUUGAGAAGAAAGGUAAUAUUCUAGGCUGUAUGUUUUGAAAUACAAUUGUGGCACAGAAUAGUGGAUUUUAUUCCAUUGAACCAAAUAGAUAGGCACAUCUUCUGUGUGGAAGAGGGGUGGCUUUUCAAAGUUGCUUUUAUGGGUGGCCAGAGGUGUGUCUGGGGACAUGAGGACCACCAAGUUCACCUCAGGAGAUCAGCAGUGGCUCUACUUGGAAACAAUUCUGUGAAUGAGGAAGUAUAGGGCAAACUAAGCAAUGCCCAGGACUCUGCUGGCAACUUCCAAUCUGGCACAGGCACCACAAGGGGAGUCCUGAGAAAGAAAACUGUGUGCUGUAGGUUCAUAGAACCCAUGAAACCAGUCAUCCAAUAACCUCUGUGGGAUCAAAAACUGGACAAAAUUAAGUUAGACCCUGGGUAAUAUACAACUUGGAGAAAGCAAGAGAGACAUUUGAUUCAGAAUGACUGAAGGUAAAGAACCAUGUGGGUGCCGGACAUUGGUGGCGCAUGCCUUUAGUCCCAGCACUUGGGAGGCAGAGACAGGUGGAUCUCUGUGAGUUUGAGACC